AUGGCUCCUUCAAAAUCAGCAAGGCAAACCAACAGAAAGAAGAAAGGAACAAGGCAGAAAAAAGAGGGGGCUUCUGGAUCAGAAACCCAAAGGAAAACAGAGCCCAAAGCUGGAGACAAGAAAACAGUUUUGGAAAAGCCAGCACAAUCUGAACAAACACAAUCCACAAACAUAGAGAGGUCUAAGGGACGCAGUGAUGCAGCUAAACCUCCUCGGCUUAGUGACCCAGACUUAAAGAAGAGAAGGGCUGAUCCUACACCUACCACCAAAGCUGACAAGGGAAAGAGUACGACUAUUAAACAGCAAUCGAAGUCUGCAGGAAAAACAGAGCCGAGGGAUGCCAGGAGAGUGCAAAUAGAUAAGAAAAAGGAAGUCACUGAAGUGUCAGAACAAACGGGGAAGAAAGGCAGGAGUAAAGCAACAAGUGAUGUGAAAAAGGAGAGAGAGACAGAAAAACAGGGGAGUCAAGGGUUGAUAAAUAAAAAGAAUGAUCGAUCAGCUCAUGACAGAUCAGAAACUAAAGAGAGUGAGAAAUUGAGAUCAGCAGGAAAGGUGGAUGUCAGCAAGAUUAAAUCAAUCCCUGCUGAGACUGCCAAGAAAGGUAAUCAGAAGAGAGUGGAGAACAACAAGGCUCCAAAACUAUUUCCUUUCAAAGUGAAUAUUAAAUCCCAGCCCAAGAGAGUAGAUAAAGACACCAGAAAAGAGAUGAAAAUAAAGAGCGUGACAUGUACAGAACAGAGAUGGGAGGAUCCAAAUGAAUCAGAGGAAGAGGAAGAGGAAAGCGAGGAGGAGAGUGGGGAUGAUGAAGAAUCUGGAAGGGAGAGUGAAGAAGAUAGUUCAGAGGAAGGCAGUGGAGGUUGUGAGGAAAGCAGUACGGAACAGGAGGUGGAGGAGGAGGAACCUACAACAGGGAAUUCAGACAGUGAGGGCCAGGAUGAUGCAGGGACAGAGGAGGGUGACAGUGAGGCUAGUGAUUCUGGGGAGAGUAGUGAGGUUGAGGAGGACGCAGAAGAUGAGGGAAAUGAGGAAGAGCCAGAACCAGAAGACAAGUCCAGCAGUGAGGAAGAGGAAAAUUCAUCUGAGAGCUCCCAGGAGGAAACUUCAAAAUCACUGGUAAGAAGUGCUAGCCCCGAGGAAGGGAAAGAAUCUGAGGCCAAAGAAGAGGUUGGAUGUGACAGCAGUGUGAAUGAAGAACCACCACAGCCAACAUCACUCAAAAAGCUGCUUCCUGUGAAAAAGACAAAUGUGCCUCUGAAAUUAACAACCAAGCUUCUUGCAGGAGUUAAAGUCAAACCCAAGACUGAGCUCAGCAAAGAAAUUGUUGCAAUAAAGGUACCACGGGUGGAGAAGACAAGUGAACCUAAAAUUACAUUUUCCAAGCUUAAGGCCAAAACAAAAGAUAAACCCCAAAUAAUGGAGUUGGCCACAGCAGCAAAAAUCACCAGAAAGAAGACAGAAGAAGAGAAGAAAAGCAGUGGACUGGAUGUUCCAGUGAAGAAAGCGACCCACAGCUUACUAACAAGGCAGUCGAAAAUGAUUUUGACACUAAGGAUGAAUCAGAGAGAGGCAAGGACCAAACUGAAAUGCGAUGGUCAAUCAGAACAGAAUUCAGAAGUAUCGAAUAUGGUGGUGGAAGAGUUUUCUAACGAUGUCUCUCAGAAUGGCACAGCCGAAUCUGUUGAGAAAACCAAUAAAAAACAGGAACAGGAGGAUGCAUCAGGGUCUGACCAGGGUGUCAAAAAGGCAGAAAUCCAAGAGCAAUUGAGUAUGGGUCAUACACAAAACAUUGGCCUGAUGAUUGGUAGGGUGAAAAUGGCAUCCAUUGGGUACCAGACCAAGAAGAAAUGUGGCAAGACCAAGGAUGAGUGUCAACCACAACCCCCUUCUGUGCCAGUUGAUCAGCAAACCGGCAGAAAGAAGAGGGUGAACACUUUACGUCGUGUCACUGGCUGGCUUCACCGUAAGAUGCCCAAGAAUCUCAAUCUCCGAGCAAAGCUGGUGGCAGUGGGUCGGGCAAUUGGUUUCUCUGGCUGGCUGGCCAAGAGGUUGCAGAAGAAGAACAGGCAGCGCAGAUUCCGGAGGAGGAUGGCUAUUCGAAUCGCCAGCACUGCAGGACUGGCAAACAAACAGGAUCGGAUGGCAGGUGGAAAGGGUGAAUCCAUUGUAGAGGGGAUCUCAGUGGCUGAAGAUACACAGGAUAAAGGCAGAUCAAGUAAGUUGCAAGUGGAAAGUUCAGAAGAACUUCAGGAAGACCAUGAGGACAUGGAAUCUGAUGAUUCUCCAGUUGAAGAACUAAAUACCUCCUCCCCACAGGCAAACUCUGAAAGCUUCAGUGAGCCGGAAGAAAAAGCCACCUCUAGCGAUGCUAAGUAUGCCAUUGUGUUUCCACGAGUUCACAGACUCGUCAAAUCCAUAGGGGCCACUACAGAGACCAGCAGGCCCAUUGAAGCUCAACAGAAUUGUGGAAAGCCUUCUAGGCGCAUUUUGCCUGUGCAGCCAGACUUGAAGUCUCUAAAGAGGAACACAGCUUCGUCCGAGCAAAUGGGGAAGGGGAGGUUAGAGAAUCUGUUCUAUGGAGAUAGAGAGUCUAAGUCCAGGCUUAACAGUAAUAACAAAGAAGAGUGUCGAACGCGGUCAAGUAAGCUAGUACCCUCUCAGUUUAAAGUAGCCAAACUUAUGUCCUCCAAACCUAAGCAACAAACUAUUGAAGUAGAUAAAGAACUUGGACAAGGAAAUAAAGGAGGUACAAGUGAUAAAGGGUUCAGGUUAGGGUUCAGUAAUGGUGAACAAGGUAAAGGUUUGGAAGAUGAGAUGCUGACAUCUUCAUAUGAUGAAGAAGAAGCAGAUCAUGAAGUAGCUCAGUUCAUGGGAGAGGGGGUGUUUGAGACCAACAUGGAAGUGCAUUGGGCCCAGAGCCGUGACCCCCUGGACUGGCUACGAGCCGAGACCCUGCUCCCUCACCCCACCAUUGAGAAGCUCAGCAAGUGGACCAUGUACAAGGAGUCAGAGCUGCCUCAGCCUGCAGCCUCGAGGGGUAGCUGGGAGCCAGAGGAUGCAGCGGAAGGGAUUCUGGAGAUGGGCCUCACGCACACACAGGUUCAUGUGGAGGGCAGGCCCCAUUCUGUGGAAGUGGAGGAAGUAGAGGAUCUCUGCCUGCUGGAAGAGGUGUGUGAGAGUGCAGUGCUGCUAAAUCUGAAGAAGAGGUUCCACAGGGACUCCAUUUACACCUACAUUGGGAAUAUCCUGCUGUCGGUGAACCCCUUCAAGCUGCUCAGCAUAUACUCAGAGGAGCUGAGGCAACAGUACCAAGGCAAGGAGCUUAACCACAAUCUCCCACAUGUCUUUGCCAUCGCUGAUGCAGCAUACUGUCAAUCACAGAUUUCAGACCAGGAGCAGUGCAUCAUUAUCAGUGGGCAGAGUGGCUCUGGAAAGACUGAAGCUGCAAAACUGAUAAUUCAGUACCUGAGUACCGUCUAUCAAGGAGAGCAGGAGGGAGUUCGACAGCCCACUGAAGUACUCCCUGUUCUGGAUAGUUUCGGAAACGCCAAAACAACCCUGAACGACAACUCCAGCCGGUUUGGAAAGUACCUUCACAUCCACAUCCGCCAUGCUGAGGUGGUGGGAACCUCUCUGUCACAGUACCUGCUGGAAAAGUCCCGGGUUGUGUUUCAGGCGCAGGGCGAGCGGAGUUACCAUGUGUUUUACGAGAUGCUGAAGGGUCUCAGUGAUAUGCAGAAACAGGAGCUCUACCUGCAGGAGCCGGAGACAUACUUCUACCUGAACCAGGGUGGAGCUUGUGAGCUGAAGGGAAAGGAAGAUGCAGAGGACUUCCUGGUGCUGUUGAAGUGUUUGGAGACGAUUGGUCUGUCUGAGGAUCAGCUGACCACCAUUUGGUCCAUCCUGUCCUCCAUAUUACAACUGGGCAACAUUUGCUUUAGUUCUUAUGAGAGAGACUCAUAUGAGCUGGCGAUGAUCUUCAGUGAUACAGAGACUCGAAUCAUUGGCACCCUCCUGCAGGUUUCUGGAGAGGCACUUCAGAAUGCCAUCACAUAUCGAAUCACGGAGACCUCUUAUGACAGGAUCUACUGCCCCCUGUCUGUGGAAAGUGCCAUUGACGCCAGGGACAGCAUUGCCAAGGCCCUGUACUUGGUGCUGUUUGACUGGCUGCUGGAGCGCAUCAACGAGUGGCUAAUUCCUAAAGAGAUGGACAGCACUGUGGGCAUCGUGGAUAUCUACGGCUUUGAGGAUCUGGGAGUGAACAGCUUUGAGCAGCUGUGUAUUAAUUACGCUAACGAGCAACUCCAACACUUUGUGAACAAGGCAGUGAUCUCCCAUGAACAGGAGGAGUACUCACUGGAGCAGAUCGAGUGGUUUCCAGUCCACCUACCUGACUGCCAGUCCUGUUUGGAGAUGAUCUCCGCCCGGCCCCAUGGCAUCCUGCGAAUACUGGAUGACCAGACCAGCCUGCCGCAGGCCACAGACCACACCUUCCUCCAGAAGUGCCACUAUCACCAUGGAAACAGUCCAUUUUAUACCAAACCUAAGAUCCCACUGCCAGUUUUCACUGUGCAGCACUAUGCUGGUGCUGUUACCUACCAGGUCCACAAAUUUCUGACUAAAAACCAUGACCAGUUUCGUCCAGAGGUAGUGGAGCUGUUUUCAUGUAGCCGGCUGAAGAUGGUGUCCAGUCUGUUUAAGAAAGUGCAGCAAGGCUACCUGCAGCAGAAAGAGUUCGGGUCAAGGGGUAAAGGCCAUCGCCAUCAUGCCCCAACGGUGGCAGCCAGAUUUCAACAGUCGUUGUCUGAGCUCACAGCACGCCUGGAGAGGUGUAAAACCUCCUUUGUGCGCUGUCUCAAACCAAACCACAAGAAGCUGCCUGGUAUAUUUGAUGUUGAUUAUGUCACCUUACAACUGAGGCAUGCUGGGAUACUGGAGACCAUACACAUCAGAAAGGAGGGCUAUCCUAUCAGAAUCCCCUUUCAAUAUUUUAUCAGCAGGUAUGGUCCCCUGCUGUCCAGACAGCACAGCAAUCUCCCCGAGAGAGACCAGUGUGCCCUCAUCCUGGAGAGGCUGUCAGGGAGAUCACCGGAUCACUACCAACUGGGGCUGAGCAAGGUGUUCCUGAAGCAGACUAUGUUCCAGCUGCUGGAGGGCCAGUGGAGUAACACUCAGACCUGGGCCGCUAUCACCAUCCAGAGGAACAUCAGGGGCUUCAUCUCUCGCAAGAACUUCCGCUUCUUCAGACACAAAGCCAUCAUCAUCCAGGCCCACAUCCGUGGUCACCAGGCCAGGAAGCAGUACAAGAGGCUGAAGAAGUCAUUAACCCAGUUCUGGACUGCAGUGAUGAUAACCAGGUCCACUAUAAGGAGGAAGCACUAUCAGCAAUCUCGUCCUUUUAUUAUUAGUCUUGUGAAGUUCGACUCAGCAGGAGCUCCACAGCAGCACUGUCCAGCUCUACAUACUCAAACUCACCUUCCCACUAACAGUAUAAAGGGAGAGAAAGAAAAGAAACAAGGGAAGUCAGCGAUCAGAGGUCAUCCUGGGUCAACAGGAAUGGAUGUGGGUAUUCUGGAGAUCCCUGCUGAGCUGUCAGCCCUGCUACAUGCUGCACAGGGGCGACAGCAUGGCACAGAGAGCCGUGUCAGUGAGGUGGCUCCUCCUCAGGUCAAAGCCGAGUUUAGCCUGUCCCUGCCCCCCGACAUCAACAACCAUCCCUUCUCCAAAUAUACCAACACACACCUCCAGGAUGGAUGGGCCCAAUCCCAGGACAGCCCCCUGCAGAGACCGCUCACCCAGCUGGGCAGAGAAGACUCACAGUCAGCACUGGAAAUCUGCAAACUGAUCCUGCGCUUUGUGGGAGAUGAGGAUCUCCACGGCUGGAAGGAGGUGGUCCUGGGGAACUACAUCGCUCAGCGGGGUCUGGCCAGCCCUCAGCUACGCAACGAGAUCCUCAGCCAGCUGGUCCACCAGACCUGGGGCAACCCUGGGGACGAGAGGGGCCAGCGGGCCUGGCUGCUACUGGCGUCCUGCCUGGGCUGCUUUGUGCCAUUACCUGGCCUGGACAAACCCUUACUCAAGUACGUGUCAGACCGCGGGCUUGGGGAGUACAGGUCACUCUGCCAGCACAUGAUACUGACCGGUCUGCAGCACAGCCCAGAGGCUGCUCGAGUCUACCCAGCAACACAGCUUGAGUGGACAGCCAAUCAGAGAAAAGGAAAGAUGGUGCUGGAGGUUCAUAACUACAAUGAAGAGAAAGUCACAGUCGAAGUCAACUCCUGGACGACAGGGGAACAGUUUGCAGCAUCGAUCCUUAAUUUCAGGGGACUGACGGAGGUGCAGAAAGGCUGGUCAGUGUCCAUGUUCACUGGGGAGGACUGGAAGGACCUGGCUGGCUGUGACUUUGUGAUGGACCUCAUUGGGGAGACUGAAGCAGACAGUCACCAGUACCCAGCCUCUCACUCAGACUAUAUCUUCAACCCUGUGACAAAUGGGCAUCCUGAUAGUGAUAUUAUCCCUGCUGCCCCUAGUGUCCAGGCUCCCCUCCUCCCUCCUGUCCUGAACUCUGCAGACACAGCUGCCUGGGAUUCACAAACAUACUUCUCCUCUGAGUAUGAAGGCUUCAUCCCACAGCGUCACCCACAGGCUGGACUCGACUCCUAUGUGGAUGACCUUUUUGACCCUGUGCUGGACCAUGGAGAGGAUGAGAGGGCUGUCAUGCUGAGCAGGAGAAUGAAGGGUGGGGGUGGAGUAGGCCCCAAUCAACCAGGGAUGUUUCCAUUCACAGGAGCUCAGAUGAUGCAAGGCUAUCCUAUGGGUGUGCAGGCAGCAGCCCAGAUGCCCAGCUAUCCCACGAUGCCAAUGAUGGGUGGAAUGAUGCCAAACAUGCCCAUGAUGCAGCACAUGCCACCCAUGAUGAUGCCUGCAGACCCUGCUCCCUCUCUCCACGUCCCCGACCCCCGGCAGGUGGCAGCACAGCAGCAGGCCUUCAUCAACCAGCAGGCCCUCAUCAUGGCCCAGCAGAUGACUCUCCAGGCCAUGUCACUUUCUCAGCAGCAGCAGCUGAAGCAGCAACAGGAGACCAGUACAAGACCCACUCCUCCAGUUGCCCCCAAACUCAAAGCUCAAAUUAGCCAGCAACCGGAGGUGAUACCCAUCAUCCACCGAGCCCCUGAACCCGAGGCGAGACCCAUCGUCCACAGAACCACAGAACCCGAGGUGUAUGCUGAAGAGGAGAAUCAGGAUUCUGAGCAACUGGAGACGUUCAGGAAAAAGAUGGAGUUUUUCCAAAAAUUUGGGACCCAAGAGAGCCAUGUGAAGGAGGUGACCCUCCCUAAAAAGAUCCAGCUGCCCAAGCCGGCCCCUCCUAGUAGGGAGGAGAGGGAGCCCCCUGUGAAUGAGAAAGCCAGGAAGCCCCCAGAGGAAGAGAGGACUGAAAGCCCAGCCAAAGUGCCCGAUGAUGCCACUCUGGCAGCUGGACAACCCGUCAGGGAAGAUCAGUCUGAGGAGCAAAAAGAUAAAAAAUGGAAGAAGUCCCCAGAAAUACCUCCCUCCCCCAGCGCCGAGUCCAAACCCGAGCCCAGUCGAGAGAUUCGAGAUAUCAUCAAACAGUACCAGAGCCGGCCCGACCCAGACCUCAAACCCUUUGUGCCUGUCAGGGCUCCUACCAAGUCGUUUGUGAAGAAGAACGACCCCAAGGAAGAGGCCCUGGCCAUUCUGAGAAUGAAGAGUCCUCUACAAAAGAAGGUCAAAGCCCUGCCUAAACAAGAGGUGGCUCCACCCCCUCCUCCUCCUCCCCCUGUCUCCAACCCUUCCACCAGGGGGCCACGGUCCAUCUCCAGCAGCAUGCAACAGAAGCAGCAAUCAUUGGCUGAUCUCUUCAGCCCUUCCCCUACCACAGCAAACCCACCUCCUCUUUUGAUAACUCCACCCCCUCCACAGGCUCCGCCCCCAGCCCCACCAACAACAUUCGCACCCAGUAAGUUCGCUAAGGCUGCUGAUAACAAUAUAAAGACUCAGCUCUACAAGUUCUCGGCCAGCGUCUACUUCUCCUACGUUGACAUGCAUUCAAAACUGUUCCUUCGCAAAGAGGUGUUCUACCCGAGGGAGAAGUUUAAUCAGCCCUACAUUCUGAACCACCUGUGUGAGCAGAUCAUGAGGGACACCUACUCUGACUCCUGUAUUCGCAUCACUCAAGAGGAACGCCGCAAGAUGAGGGACCUGCUGGCUGAUUUCCAUGUGGGGACCAGCAUCAGCUCUGUUCAGGACAACACCAUGAAGAAGAGAAUCGUGUUGGCCGCCAGAGACAACUGGGCCAACUACUUCUCACGUCUCUUUCCUGUCUCUGGAGGCAAUGGAUGUGAGAGCCAGAUUUUGGGGGUGUCCCAUCGUGGGAUCCGGCUUUUGAGGGUAGUGAAGGCAUCCGGCAUCAACCCCAAACACCUGAAGAUCCUGCGUAGCUACAGCUACGCAGAUCUGCUGUCAGUGAAACGAGAUAAGCACAUCCUGGAGUUCACCCUGAAGCACGACCAGCUGGUGCUGUACUCCACCCGAGCCGAACAAAUCAAGAGAAUGAUCAGCCUGUUCCUGGGAGAGCUCUGCAAGGACUCCAAUCACAUGAUCGCCCUGAAGAGCUUCAUCACCGAUGACAAGAGCCUGCUGACAUUCCGCAAGGGUGACAUCAUCAAGCUGCUGCACAUGCAGGGGCUGCACCCAGGCUGGCAGUUCGGGUCAAUCGGUGGACGGUCAGGCCUGUUUCCAGCCGAAUACACCCAGCCCACAGCGCCCCCAGAUUACUAUAGCGCUCACCUAGACCGCAGAGAGGAGCGUAGGAAGAGUGUGUGGACAAUGCCUCCUAAAAAAGAAUUUACGAUGGGCAGCAAGGUCUCGGGGUGCACUGAGCCGUCUCUGCUGGGGUCAGGCGAGGUCAGCCAGUACGUCAUGACAGAGUUCGCCAUGAAGUACUUCAGAGAGGCUGCUACCAAGCUGGGGUGGAAGGGUAUGACUGCGGAGGGACGAAGCUCAAUGGAGAUGGUCCAGCACACCAAGGUCCCAGUUCAGGAAUCCCUCAUCUUCUACUCCGACAGUGAACUCAAUGAGCUUGCUGCUCAAAACUUCAUGAAUGUGAUGCGAUUCAUGGGUGACCAGCCUGCGAUGAAAGACAAGAGUGAGGGCGACUACAUUGUCAGCAUUCUCCAGCUGGGCAAGGAGAAGGAGGACCUGAGAGAUGAGAUUUACUGCCAGGUGAUCAAGCAAGUCACACUCAACCCUCAGCAGGAGAGCUGCGUUCAUGGCUGGACGAUCCUGACCCUCAUCACUGGCUUCUUUCAUUGUUCAAACACCCUGCUGCCAUAUGUGACCCGCUUCCUCCAGGAAAUCCUGCAGGACCAGGGCAACAGUUUCCAAGAAAUGGCCCACUUAUGUGAAGAGAACCUGCGACGCUCGCUCAUCCAUGGGGGCCGGAGACACAUCCCUUCCAAGCAGGAAAUGGAUGCCAUCUUGCACGGAAGAAGUUCCAAGAGGAUUCCUAUAUACCUGCCUGGGAAGGUGGAGCACUACGGCAAGAUCCAUACCUUCACUGUGGCGCUGGAGCUGGUUAGUGACCUGUGUGCAGAGAUGGGAGUGCUGCAGCUGCAGGAGAUCAAGCAGUUUUAUGUCUAUGCCAACUGCAACCAGGGCCAGGUGGUGCAGCCCAUCAGACAUGACGAGUAUGUCUUUGACUUCCUAUUGGACGGCAACACAGUAACUCUGUGGCUUAAGCGUGUCAUGUGGAAAGAGCCGCUGCAUUUUGAGAAUGAAUUCUAUAUCAAUGUCCACUACAGACAGAUCCUGUCUGAUUACCUGGAAGGAAAGCUCCUGCUGGCCAAUGACAGUGCCCAGCUUGACCAGCAGAUGGCAAUGUUGGCAGCCCUACAGCACUGUGCCAAAGGACUGGGUGCAGAGCCCACACUUCAGGAGUUGAAGCAGUAUCUCCCCCAGAGCUCUGUCAGCAGUGUCAAUGCUCAGAUCAUCCUCGGCUCCACACUCAUGCGGCUGGGCACCAUGCAAGACCUGAGCCCUGCUGAAGCCAUGAUCCACUUCCUCACGACGGUGAGCUCGUUCCCGCUGUUCGGCAGUAACGUGUUCUCAGUGCAGAAGGUGAGUGACCGUCGGAUUCCAUCUCCCUGCAUCGUCGCCAUCAACCAGGAGCAAGUCUUCAUCGGAGACAGACACUCCCAGGAGGAGCUGCUGUCCAUCCCUCUGAUGACAGUCCAGUCACUGAGGUCCCUGCAGCCAAAGAAGGGGGAGAAGCUCCCAGGGCUGGAGGUGAACUACGGCCCCCCCACAGCCCCCAAAACCAUCACUUUCCACCUCAAACAGGCGAAGGAGAUGUGCCAUGUGAUUGCGGUGAUCCUGGAGGACUUAACAUACAUGCCCAGCAGCAUCUCUACAACCAGCACAGUCAGAUAGCCCAACAUGCCUGCACCGUCCACUGUGGGCCCCAGGGGGUCCAGGGAGUCCAGGGACUCUGUAGUGAGCACUCCAAAGAGCAAGCCCAAGAUGAAGCCCCCUGCUGCCCCCAGACAUGCUGCCAACCAGCCUGAUAAACCCUGAGCAAGCACAUCCUGCCCAAUCCUGACACAGCCGCAACGUACUCAAUGUACUGAAAAGAGAAUGUUUUGAGAUUCAAUUUUUUUUUAAACACAAAAAACCCCCAAAGAUUGUUACAGGGUGGAUAGAGACUCUGAGACACUAAAUGCAGGUUUCAAGCGCUGGGGCGCAUGUUUAUUAAACAAAAAUAAAUAAAAAACACAAAGCAAAUAGGCAUGGGGCCAAACAAAAGGUUUACACAAAAAUACAAAUCAAAGUCAGGCUAAGCAAUGCCUCCACUGACUCAAGAAAAGAAACAAAACCACCAAACAGACCUUCCAUGUGGUCUCCCCUCUCCCAGGCAGUUCCUCCAAAUGGGGCUGUGUAGCACUCUUUAUACCAUGUGGCCAGGGUUGAUUGACAAUUAAUCAUUCGAUCAACGCCUGGCCACAUUUGCACAUGUAUCUGACAGGGAUAAGAAUUAACCCCAUCCCUGCCAACCACCACCACCUCCUCCACUGCCACACACACAUACAAGAACAAAAACCCCACACAACUAACCUCAAUAUUUACAAAACAAACAAUAAAUUAUUUACAUGUGCAGGGCUCUGCCCUCCCACACCAACACUUUAAACUUCAAUCAUCAAACUAUAGAAAAACUGUAAGCCACCUAGUUAAAUAUUUUUAUGCAUAGACAAGAGUUGCAGUUUAAACUCUUGCCUAAUAAAUUCCUUUAGCUUAAGUGUUGUCAAAUUGACAAGGUUAUAUGUUAAACCAUAUUUUGUGAAUGUGGCAUAUGCAGAUUUUGAAAUACAGUGCAUUUAUCUGGCAGGUGAGUAGUGUCUGUCUGCUCUUCUUUUUCUUCAAAUAAGCACUGAACUUCUGUACUUAUGUAAAGCAUAUUGAGGCGUCAGCAUUUAAGUGCUGUGCAAUUGAGCACUGAUCACAUAUUAUAUUAUUUUACAAUUCGUAAUGUUAUUUAAACAAUCUAUUUAUUUUAACACCAAGGUGGAUUAAAUGGAUGACAAAUCAAGAUUUUGGAAUCGCAAAUGCAAGUUAUAGGCACAAGCAUCCACACUUCUUUUGAAAAGUAUGUUUUUAAAUUUGAAUAGUGUUGAGUAACCUUGAUUUUACAUAUACAAUAUUUAAUUUAUAACACAGUUCAUCUUUUUUUUGUUUUUUUUCCUGCUCAGCUUGAAAAUAAAUCUUAAAUAAAAAUUUUGAAAUUGAUAUUUAUCUGUAUGGUGUGCUUCCACUGGUUUCAACCAUUUAAGCUGACAAGUAAACUAGUGAUGGGGAAAAAUAUUAUAGUAGUUGAAUGUGCCAAAAGACCUGUUCAUUUCUGCAAAUACGCUACCGUAGUUACAGUAAAAGUGAAACAACUUCCAAAGUAAAUAUUUAAUUUGUAGGGACAAUGUAUAUCUUACAGACCCUUUGUCACUUGCAAGCCAAUGUUGACGUGGACUGAGAUUUCAGUAACUACAGUGAGAUCAUAAACAGUGCCCUUCGGUGACAAGAAACCUGCUAUAUGCCUAUUCAAGACACUUCAUUAUUAUUAAUACACCAAAUCAGGACAAAUCACAACUGUCUUCAAAAGCAACUUCAUUUCCAGUUUCUUCAUGCAGUCUGAGGUAUAAUUGCUUUGAUUGAGUGAGUUUUUGGUUAAAUCUCCUUUUAACACACAAAGCCCCUGCAAUCCCUUAAAAGAAACAAACUAGAAAAACAAUGUUAUUUUUACUGGAUCAAACCUGUGUGUGCUACCCAUCUCUGGUCUUUAAUCCCCUGUAGUGAGAGAUAAAGAAAGAGGCAAUGUUUUGUGUUCAAGGACUGCAUAUUCUACAACUAAAGUAACACACAUAGCAAAUAAGUAUUUCCAUUUUAAAACUGGUACUCCGCUAGCUUAAAGAAAAGUCCAAUUUUGUUUGCCUUGCCUUCCAGGAAGUCUGUUUCUGCUUCCUUGUUAAUUUAAUGUUACUGCUCAGUCACUAGGGGAAGCAGCUGAUUGGUUAUUGACAGGAUAGAAGCUUGUGAAGGAGUGGGGACACCCUCCAGGUGAAAUUAACCAGGAGGUGAAAGAUAGUCUAAAAGCAUAGCUUGCAAACAGAUUUAUUUAAGAUUAUUGCCAGAUUUUAUGUUUUAAAAUGAACAUACAGGUUUCUUUCAGACCUGCCCAUUUGAGACCUCAUUGAGAAUGGAUGCGCACGGCCGAUAGCAUGCAUCAGUUUUGUUAGUUACAAUAACCUGUCCUUGGGGAAGGGGUGAUCAUAGCUGGUGCUGUUUCCCUAAGCAGCCAGCACAACAAUGCUUUACAAACCAUUUCCAUUACUGAGACCAGAAGGUACCAUCACAUGUAGAUGCAUGAACUGUUACUUUGAGAAUGACAGCUACUCAAAAACUAAAUGUUAGUUCUUCAAGUACUAGUACAUAUCUUCAGAAAUGAAAGGGAUGCAUACGGUUUUAAAAUCUAUUUUGUUAAACGGUACUUUUUCAGCAUUUGCAAAAUGUAAAAAAAUAAAUAAUAAUAAUAAUAAUAAUAAUAAUAAUAAUAAUAAUAAUAAUAAUGGUAAUAUUGCUAGUGCUAGUCUUGGAGAUUUACGGCCAUAUUGUGAAAGCCAUUCCAGUCUUAAUAACUUUAUAAUUAUUUGAAAUUAUAAAUUCCAGCUUCAGUGUAUAAAAGGAAAUGCAUGAAUAGUAGUACAGUGCUUCAGUUGCCUGAUUUGGUUUCUAAAAUCAGCUGUUUUUUUCUCCUCCAAAAAAUAGGAUUACAUUAGAUUAAUUACAGACUGGAGUAAACAUUUUAGAAAUACAGCCUGUAGAGUUUAAUUAAACAGUUAGUCCCUUCAGUGUGUUUCUGAGGGAUGAACUCUAAUUGCAACCAGGCCAUGUGAGGCACCAGGAAGUGAACAGGUACCAGGAAGCAGGAGUUUUUUUUUUGUUUUGUUUUUUGUUUUAAUCAAUACCAUUUUAUUUUAC